AUGGCAUCUAGCCUCCUAGUAACCCUGUUACUUAGUAUCUAUCCCGUACUGAGGGGGGCCUCGUUACCAGAGCGUUGCUCCUUCAACGUUUCCGUGCCUGAAAACGCGACACCUGGGACAGUGGUUGUCGACGCGUCGUGUUUGUUGGCCCUGCAAAAUGCGGAACUUCCGUGUGUGAAAACGGAGGGAGAUCCGUACGGCAGGUUCCUUCUGACUAAGGACUGCACCCUUGUGGUUGCCAACCCUCUAGACUGGUCAGUACAGUCGGAAUACACCGUCAAGGUUCGCGUCGGGGAUCGUCGAGAAGUCAGGAGUGUGACGAUACAGGUUACCGACGUCUCGGGCUAUCCUCCCGUGUAUAACGAGACGUGUGAGACUCCGAUCAACCCCACCGGUAAGGACACGAGAGAAUAUCUGUUUAAAUGGGUCUUUAGCGCUGAGGCUGAAACAGAGACCGGAGACGUGCUAGAACUACGACAAGAAGGAGAUGUAGAAGUCAUUCCGCAAGGCUGUCCUGUCGGGAAAUACGGCUUUCUCUGCGAUCAAGACUGUAUCUGUAAGAACGGCGCCCGCUGUCACGGGUUUAAUGGGGCGUGUAAAUGUCAACACGGCUGGCAAGGUGUAGCCUGUGACAUUCCUAAACCUGACAUCGCCGCAACAACGACACCUAGCGAUUCACGAGCCAUCUACAUUUCCGCCAACGUGACGAUUCACUGCCGCGUGUACAACAUUGAUGUCGACACCUUGUCGCUGCGGUUUCCAAAUACAUCUGGGAUCAUGAGGGAAGGUGUAAAGCAAUUAGACAUUGUUUUUAACGCACAGUUACACGACAACGGUCGCUAUACGUGUUGGGUCAGAGACAAACAGGGAAAGGUCUUGUCUGCAACAAUUGAGUUAAACGUUAACUGUCCUCCAAAUAGUAAAGGCAAACUUUGUGAUGAAGCGUGUGAUUGCGUACAAGGCACGGGUUGUGACCGCUGGACGGGUUGUGUCUGUCCGCCUGGAUUCACUGCAAGGACCAAGUGCGAGAGAAAAUGUCAUGAGGGCACGUACGAUAGAAACUGUGCAAAGACCUGUGACUGCAAUGGGGGGAGCUGCAGCCAUACCGACGGCAAGUGUGCCUGCGCGGCCGGCUGGUACGGUUCGGACUGCAGAGGGCCCUGUCCCAAAGGCAGGUACGGUUGGCGGUGCCGGCAGGUUUGCAGCUGUAAGAACAACGCCACCUGUCACCACGUGGACGGCAACUGCACCUGUGCGCCACCGUGGGGUGGGAGGGACUGUGACGAACUCCAAGUCGCUCAGGCUACGUCUCUACUCGAAAGCCUUGUUCCCCUGAGCUCAAUAAUCCUAGUUGUUAUCGCAGUGUUAGUCGUGCUCUAUAAGACUGGCUGUUUCGUAAAAAAAGACGACCAGGAAGCCGAAGUUCUCCGUGAGCUCAGGCUUGUGGAGGAGGAUCUAGCGCAGAGCCUACAGCCGGGCUGGCUCAGGCGCUGGGAGAAGAAGAUCCGUCAUCUUACCCCUGGGGAUCUGAUUGGGAAAGGAAAGUUUGGGGAGGUUAUACAAGCCCAGCUUUGCACACCGAAAGGGAAUGUCGUCGUGGCCGCCAAGACAGUCCGCAAAGAAGACCCACAGUCCUACCGUGACUUUUACCGAGAAGCCGCCAUACUAGUUGUAGUACACGAAGAAAAAAGGCACGAUGUUCGCAAGUCAAACAUCGUCCAACUGCUUGGGAUAAUCACCGCUAAGGAGAAGUAUCUUCUUUUAGAGUAUUGCCAGAAAGGAGAUCUUCUGUGGGUCCUUCAUCAGUUUAGAUGCGGCGAGGGGGACGGUCAGGCUCUUGUAGAUCUGCUCCGCCGUUUUCUACGAUACGCAGUGCACGUGGCACAAGCGCUAGGAGAACUGGAACGACUGCGUAUCGUACAUCGUGACGUGGCCGCUCGGAACGUCCUGAUCACGGUAGACGAUGUGGCCAAGCUGGCCGACUUCGGGCUGGCACGAGACGUGUACACCGCUGAUAAUUACGUCUCCACGAGUCAUGACGGAUGUCACAGACUCUUUCCGCUGAAGUGGAUGGCGCUGGAGUCCAUCGAGAAAGGCAAGCACACCUGUCAGAGUGACGUCUGGUCCUUCGGCGUGCUGCUGUGGGAGAUCGCCACGCUGGGGAAAGAUCCGUGCUACGGCGACAAGAUUUACCCAAAUGUUCCCGAGCUAGUAGCAAUCCUAGCACAGGGGAUCCGCCUGCCGAGACCACCGGGGUGUCCGAAGGGUCUGUACGGGCUGAUGCGCGCAUGUUGGCGAAGAAACCCCGCCGAGAGACCCGGUCCGGAGGCGUUAGAAAAGUCGCUGGUAGCGCCUUAUGAGAUUGUGGAAAUGGAGACCGCGUUGUAGACUUGGAAAGGACACGAAGCCGAUUGAAGUUCUGCUUAUAUAGAUAAUAUGAAUGAAAAUUUGUGGAUAUACGAAGCAUGUGGUGACUAGGAACGUGUCGAAAUAAACCUGGUAUCAAA